UGCUUUGGCCACUGGUGCGUAAACGUGCGCGUGUUUACUUUCUUUCGCAGUGAGUGUUAUCAUGAUCUAUCAUUAGCAAGACAAGCAAUGCCAACGAAGUGAAAUUUUGUCUAAUAUUUUAUCUAAAAUGGGAUUAUCUUGACGAUAUUGCACAUUAUUCCAACGUUCACCUUUUGAGGAACCAGGAGGUAUCGAACAACGGUCAAGAUUUCUUUUGCUAUCCUGAGCGUAACUUCGUAUAAAACAGGCAUCAGAAAUGUGGCCUACAAAGCGCCUACUGAAGUAUGGCCUGGUAGGAGGUUCUCUAGUGGGAACCGCGCUCAGUUUGCAUGCGAACGACUACGAUAUCAACUCGAUCGGCAUCGUUCGGCUGGGUCGAGCGGGCAUGACCGUGUUCGACAUCGCAGCGACCUACAAAACAAAUCUUUACAAACAGGAAUGGCCGGACAAAAAGGAUCCAGCCUAUCUCAAGCUGAAAAGCGAAACGCACAAGAUUGCGGCAGAAAAGCUUCUUGACCUAUGCCGUACAAAUAGGGGCGUCUACAUCAAAGUCGGACAACACAUUGGUGCUUUGGAGUACCUUCUACCGUACGAAUAUGUUACCACGAUGAAGAUUCUACACAGCAACGCGCCGCAAAAUCCUAUCGAAGACCUAUACAAAGUGAUUCGACAGGAUCUGAAAGUAAAUCCGGAAGAUAUAUUCUCCUCGUUUGAUUCGGAACCUUUGGGUACAGCAUCGCUAGCACAGGUCCAUCGAGCAACUUUGAAAGACGGCACAGAAGUGGCCGUUAAAGUGCAACAUCCUUAUGUACGGGGGAACUCUAUCGUAGACAUCAAGACCAUGGAAGUGCUAGUCAAAUUAGUAACGUGGACCUUCCCAGAUUUCAAGUUCCAGUGGCUGGUGGAUGAAACCAAGAGAAAUCUUCCAGUUGAAAUGGAUUUCGAGCAUGAGGGUCACAACGCUGAGAAAGUAGCUGAAAUGUUUAAAGACUACAAAUGGCUCAAGGUUCCGAAAAUCUACUGGGAGUAUACCACUUCCCGAGUUUUAAUGAUGGAGUUCUUGAAGGGCGGUCAAGUCAACGACGUCGAAUACAUCGACAAAGAGAAACUGGACCGGUAUGACAUCGCCAAUAAGAUCGGGCAACUGUACGCUAAUAUGAUCUUCCUAAAAGGGUUUGUGCACAGUGAUCCCCAUCCGGGUAACAUACUGGUCAGGAAGUCAGACAAAGGCGGCACCGAAGUUGUGUUGCUGGAUCACGGACUUUACGCUAACCUCACUGAAAAGUUCCGCUACGAGUAUUCAAAACUGUGGCUUAGUAUAUUGAAAGUUGACCAGAUGGGGAUGAAAAGACACGCACAAGCCCUUGGCGUCGAAGGAAGCAUGUGGGGUUUGUUCGCCUGUAUGGUUACCGGCAGACCGUGGAAUUCGGUAAUACACGGUAUCGAUCGGGUGAAACAGGAUGAUGCUGAGAAAGAACUCAUCCAAAAGGAAGGCAAACUGGUCAUCCCACAUAUCUCUGACGUGUUGGAAAAGGUCGACCGCCAGAUGCUACUGGUGCUGAAAACGAACGACCUCAUUCGCGGGAUCGAAACCACCCUAAAGACCCAGAACCGGAUGACGGCCUUCUGGGUGAUGAGCAAGUGCUGCAUCAAGAGCGUCGGUAGUCGGGAAUACCAGGACGCGCCGGAUCCUUGGAAAAAGCUGUCGACAUGCCUGCGUGAAAAUUGGGCAAUCUUGAAGCUCAAUAUGUACUACCUCUACCGGGGAUUGGUAACGUUACACUUCAUGUCAGCGCUUAAAAUGAUUUUCUAGUUAGACUUAGGUAGGCAAGUAAAGAAAAUAUGACAAGUAGUAUUUAAAAAUCGGGCAUUCAAGGUGUGGGGUAUAGGUUUAACAAUGUUUGCGAUAUUUUACUGCCUCUGAUUAUGUUGGUUUUGAAGUAAUCAUAUUGUUACCAGGCACAUCUAUUUUCGAUUGAAUGAGAUAUAUUUUAGUUUUAUAAUUUUUGUUGAAGAUUUUUAGAUUACCAGUUCUAAGAUUAUGUAUGUUUAAAGUCUUUGUUGAAAAAUAUUUUUUGAAUGAUAUUGAAGCAAAAAAA